CUCUUUGGUUUCCUAUUUGCUGGUGCAUGUUUGUACAUACAAUACACACGUAACUGCUUGGAUUGGAUAUCGGAAACUCAAUUCAAUAUUCAUCCGAUACUCAGUCAAAUAGCGGCCAGUUGACGAGUAGACCUGGUUCUGUCCCUUUGUCCCGAAACGAGAAAAAACAAGAAGCCUCGUCCUUGCUCCUCACUUUGUACAACCAAAACUACCACGCGCGUUGUCGUGAAUAAUAGCUUGAUUUCUUCUGUUCUUCCCUCUGGGGAGUAGGUCAGAGAGUGUGUUUUGUGGUCUUGAUCAACAUGUAGUUGACUUUGAAACCUUACCCACAACUCCUCAGUCAACAGUUAUCCACGUCAAGAAUCACUAGCUGACGUCAAGACUUUUUUGUGCAUAUUUUACAUAUGGUGCAAAUUUCACAAUUAAAAAGCGAUGAGUCGAGUGGUUGUGAUAUAAAAUAGGGAUAAAAAUAUGGACGACUUUACCCUGCCCGGCGGCGGCGGUGGAGGAGCAGGGACCAACGGGACAAAUGAACCCAUCGCCCUCACCUCCAAUUACAACAAGCUGUCGGAAAGUAUACGUCGCCAUGCACCGCCACAACUUCAGUGUAGCGUAUUUUGUGGAGGAAGACGCUGCAAGUAUGAGAGUCCCAACUACUGGUCUUCCGAAAAAUGCACGAUCAACGGCAUCUUUUCCACUUGGAUUGAUGACGACGUGCUGGCAAUGUGCCGUCCAAGUACUUCCACAAUCCAAGAGUUUGACAUCAUCGGCCAGUUUCAUGCGUUGGGGAUAAAAUCUGUGAUAAAUUUACAAGUGCCUGGAGAACAUGCGAGCUGUAGUCCCGGACCGCUUCACUCCUCCGGCUUUUCAUACGAUCCAACCUUCCUCAUGGACAAUGGAAUUUACUUUUACAACUAUUCAUGGCGCGACUAUGGGGAGGCUUCGCUGGCCCAUUUGCUGGACAUGGUGAAAGUGCUCUCAUUUGCCGUGACACAGGGUAAAGUGGCCGUUCAUUGCCACGCGGGAUUGGGCCGGACUGGAGUGCUGAUCGCUUGCUACCUCGUCUACUCGAUGCGUCUCAGGGCAAAUGAUGCUGUUCGCCUGGUGCGAAAUAAGCGUCCUGGAUCAAUUCAGAGUAGACUUCAUAUUUUAUGUGUCCAACAAUUUGAACAGUUUAUCCUUCCGAAUUGUAUCAUCUUUUGUAAUCGAGACCUGCUCAAGGACAAGAAACUCCAGGAUUUCACACUCCAACAGUACCUGAAACGACAACGCUUCAUUUUACACGGGAAAGAAUCCAAAACUCUGCGGCACAUACCCAAGAUACUUAACGUUAUUUUUGAACGGUUACUCACAUUAUGCGGCCAGCCUAAUAUCCUGCCAGUAGUAUUGGAAGAUGAUGACCCGCCAACCAUCGCAGGUACUCCGGACACCAUAGCGUCACCGGAGGGUGCAGCCACGCCAGACUCUGCCUCAUUGACGUCACCAUUUGAAGCGAAAACUCCCAUGAACGCUUUUAAGUCGGAUGAUAUCCCUUCAUCUGAAACACCAACAUACAAAGUUGACGAAGUAAUCCGGGCCUUGUUAUCCGAUCACGUAAAUAUGUUUGAAGGGUUGGCCCGUUACGUUCGGCAGUACCGUGUAGAACUAAACCACAAAGGAAUCGGGGCCUGGGUGCGACUUAGCAAUGAAAAGAACCUUUACGUCCUCGCUGCCCUAUUUCUUCUGUGGUUGGAACACCUCCGCGUGCCUCUGCUGGGGAGUGAGGAGUUGACCACGGUUGUCCUGCAUGCUGCGGACCCCACAUCGUCACUUAAACGGUUACCCGUAGAAUCCGCUUUCUCCUUGGACUACAUUCUCCACUUUGUGGCGAACCUUCACGCCGGGGAUGCUGAGGUGGAGGCUAUUCUUCGCAGAAUUGCUGCAUCGCUCACACACCGCAUCGUUCCCAGCACACCAAAUAUCAAAGUCCACUUAGGAUUUCAUACACAGAGCACAGAGAAAGGUAAACCCAGAGUGCUUAGUGAGGGAACGCUGACGAAAUUGAUGCUUAUGCUACACGGGAUUCUCGACCUCAAGCGCAAUGGCGUUCCAUUAUCACUGCCGUCUGCGCAAGAAAAAAUCACAAAGUCAUCCGCUCAAACUCCAUCCACUUCUGCAGGGGCUGCUCACCGAUAGAAAUGCCAUGAGACAACUGACCUCACAAAUUGCAAUCAAAUCACACAAACACAUGCUACACAUGAAAUUUCGACAAU